AUGGCAACCGACGAUGCCCGCGUUCAGAACGGACGACUCACCUUCAUCUCCAGUUUUACGCCCAACACUUUGACGACGCCCGAAUCGCACAAGAUACAACAGAAGCAACAUGGACGGUCUCGCACGGCUACGCGGCCGCACUCCGCGGUGGUUACGUGCAAACUGAAUUUCGCCGUCGACGGGGGGCGUCUACUUGGCGUCAACACGGACCCCGCGGAGCCCACGGCCGCCAUUGGGCGAUGCACCAGUUUCGGGGCGGAGCCGGAAGCCUCUCGCGACACAGUAGUUCUCGCCUAUGUAAAGUUGCACAGUCGCGCCAACGGGACCGCACGAGUGGAUAAUGACUGGGAUUUGGGAGCGGCCGCUGCAGAGGAGCAAUCAGCGCGCUUGUCGCCCGUUUCGAUGACCCUCGACCGCCUC